ACCUUCUGACGCCUCUAUUGAAUUCAUCUAAAAAUUUCACUACCCAAUGCAAUGUCCAUUACUCUUUUCCCCAGACUCUUCUCCUCUUCCUCACACGAACCCUUUUUUUCCUUCUCGCGUGAAUUCCUUCUCGCACCUUCUGGGUUUCCUUUUCCUCCUUUCCUUUUUCUCGUUUUUUAGAAAUUCCGUGUAACAGAUAGGGAGAUGGAGAGGCAGAUGGAGCUUCAACAUUUCAUCCACAGGCAUCCGUUGAUCUUCAAUGAAGAGGCUAAAAAGGAUCAUGAAAAAUUACUCUGCGAUGGCUGCGAAAAUCAAAUAUGGGGUCCUAAUUACAGUUGCAAAGAGUGUUCCUGGUUCAUCCUUCACAAAUCAUGUGCACAACUGCCCCACCAGUUGGAGCACCCGCUGCACCCGAAACAUCCCCUUCUUCUCAUCCAUGCGUAUUCCUGGGAGAGGGAAAUCAAGUGCGACGGUUGCAAUACAGAGGUUCUAUGGGGCUUCAUUUACCAUUGUUCUCACUGUAAUUUUAGCCUUGAAAGUAAAUGCGCUUCUCUACCGCUCACCGUCCAAGCUGAAAUUCAUGAACACCCAUUGACUCUCGUGCGGAGAUCUAACUCUUUCACUUGCGACGCCUGUGGGAAACAAGGCAAAGGUAUGUUUUACUUGUGUGCUAUCUGCCCAUUCUUGGUUCACCUACAUUGUUCUUCCCACCCUCUGAACCUCGCCAAUCCCCUUCAAGAUACGGUUCCCAUCGAAUCCACUAGUAUGCUAAAAUGCGAAGAUCUGGGGCUUAAUGAAUCCAUUGAUUCAUUGACAUAUGUUGUCAAGAAAUCCAAGCUGGGAGAGGACAAAGUUGAAAUACCCGUGGAAAUCAAGCAUUUCAGUCAUGACCAUGACUUGAAGCUUGUUGGUGAGCAGCUUGAGACACAAGAAGAAUGUGACGGGUGUAUGUGGCCUAUCGACCCUCCGUUUUAUGCUUGUACUCGAUGCGAAUUCUUUCUUCACAAAUAUUGUGUUGAAUUGCCCAGAAAAAAGUCACACCCACUUCAUUGGCACCCCCUCACUCUCCUUCCAAAGCCACCGUAUGUUCCUUCUUUUUGUUGCUAUGCUUGUGGGCGUGAUUGUAAUGGCUUCGUCUACCGUUGUGAGAAAUGCAACUUCGACCUAGAUGUCCAUUGUAGUUUGAUAUCUGACAAAUUUGUCCAUGAAAGUCAUCCCCACCGCCGACUUGUUCUCUCCGCUGGUAAGUGCAGUUGUUGUGAUUCUGUUGGACAUAUCAUUCGUUGCGCUGAAUGUGAAUUUAAUCUGGAUUUCAAAUGCGCUACACUACCGCCUACCGUAAGAUACGAUCCAUACAAAGAUGAAGAUCCAUUCGAAGUAACGUUCAUACUUUGUUUUGAAUUUGAAGAUGAUCAUCAUGAAGAAUAUGAAUAUUAUUGUGAUUUUUGUGGAAAAAACCGACUUCCAAAUCGUUGGUUUUACUAUUAUCCGGAUGACACUUUAGCUGCUCAUCCUGAUUGCAUUCUUGGGAAAUAUCCAUAUAUCAAGUUUGGGAAGACUUAUACGUUUGACAUACACGAACAUCCUCUCACUUUUGUUGACAAGAGCAAGGCCGAGGACCCACAUCCUCCAUGUGAUAAAUGUGGUGAUUCUUGCCAUGAUAAGACUUUUGAAUGUGUCAAAUGUAAUUUCAAUCUUCACCACCGUUGCUUGGUCAAAUAUGUUCCACCAUAUGAGAACGAAUAGUAGUAGGAACUGUCUUAAAACUUUUAUUAUCCAUUUUCUGUUUGAUUAUUAGUCAGAAUUAUCUUUUCAGUGUUGUUAUUGAAUUAUUAACUAUUUUUCUUACCUCUUUUACUGUUUGAGUUUGAUUUUCAUAGUUAAAUUUGAGAAUAGUUGAAGCUAAAAAGUUUUGUUUUUCGUUUCACUGGGAACCUUAGUUGAGUGGUGUUAAUUGAAGGGAAUGAGUUUUGGUGCUACAAUUAUGGAAAGAUGAUUUGUGUGUGUGUGCGUGUGUGAAGUGAUUGUUGAAAUUUUUCUUUUUUGCUGUCAAAUGUUAACUUUUCAUAAAUAUCAGUUAGAAUUAUUGGGUUGACUGCAGUUUGCAAUUUGCAGAAAGCCCUCUAUGGGCUUAAGCAGACCCCUCAUGCAUGGUAUUCUCGUUUGAGUUCAAGAUUAUUUGAG